AUGUGCACGAAAACCUCUUUAUUUCUUGGAGACCGCCAUGAUUGCCAGAGCAGCUGCCAGGGUUGGUCCAAGAUUCUGGAGGUAUAUUGCAACAGAAGGGUGGGCUGGCACGACAGGAAAGCUUUACUUCCAAAGUGAGAAGGUGCCCACCAGCAUUUUGAGCACCGGCCAAGUUGGUACCAACCGGGACCUUCUGGGCUCCGACGGCGAGUUCUUCGGCACCGAUCCGCUGGGUUUAGAGGUGAAGAUCGCCGAUGGACGGGGCCACCGAAAGACCUUGGACGAGAACGGCUUUUGCCUCAUGCAGCACGCCUGGAAUCACAUUGACUAUUAUGACAACGAGAAGGUGAUAAAUGUCUACUAUCCAGAAUGCGAGGCCUUGGUGAGCGAAGCCACCGGUGCUUCCAGGGUGGUCGCCUUUGAUCACAACUUGCGUGCAAAGCAGCGCAAGGAGGCAGGCGACCGACUUCGAGGUGGAAAUGCUGUGCAGGAGCCACUGGUGACCUAUGGAGUGCACAAUGAUUACACCCUCACCUCAGCUGCACAACGCAUCCGACAGCUUGCGCGGCCUGCCAGCAAGAACGAUACACAAACCAAAAGCUUGCUGAACGAAGCAGAAGUUGAGGGACUACUGAAGAAGCGAUGGCUCUUCAUCAAUGUCUGGCGAAACGUGGCUGAGACUCCUGUUGAGUGCUUCCCACUCGCAGCUUGCGAUGCGCAAUCAACGGCUGUUGAGGACUUGGUUGUAUUUGAGAUCAGAUAUGCUGAUCGUACAGGCGAAAAUUACUUUGCCCGUUAUUCCGACAACCAGCAGUGGUUCUAUUUUCCAAGGAUGGAGAAAGACGAGACCAUGCUGCUGAAGUGCUGGGAUUCUCGAGGUGAAGACUUCAUGAAGUUCAGUGGGGGGGGAGGGGCCAACGGUGCCCGCGACCUUCAGCUUGCAUGGCUCCUUUGAAGAUUUGGCAAGCCCACCCGAAGCCACUGACAGGGAGAGCAUUGAGGUCAGAUUGGUGGCCUUUUAUGAUGAAUAGACGGUGCGGUCCCCUGAGAUGUGGCUCGUGGUUUUUGUCUUCGGUGCUUCAACAGGAAGCCAUCGACCAGAUUGUUUGUUUCUACGGACUCCUUUGACCCUGAUAUUGUUUCUGCGUCCACGGCUGCUGGCCAAGCUGAGUCGAA